AUGGACGAUCACACUUGUCCUAGAGAGACUAAGAACAGGCUAGCUAACAGGAAGUGGCUGGGUUGCAAACUGGUUAGGAAAUUAAGAAAAUAUCCCAACCUUAGACAUUGUGAAGCUGCCCAGUACUUUAAGAGCAAGUGCGACUUGGACCUCAACAAGUCUUCACUGACAAGGGCUCUAGGGGAUGCUAGGGCCAUAGUUUAUGGAGAUACUGCUGUCCAGUAUGGUAUGGUUAGGGAUUACGGAUUGACAUUACUGAAAACUAAUCCUGGCUCCACUGUUAGUAUUGGUGUUACACCUCAUCCCAAUCCUGAUGAAGAUCCAACUUUUGAUAGGAUGUACAUUUGCCUUAAUGGGUGUAAAAGAGGGUUCAAGGCUGGCUGUAGACCACUUAUAGGGUUGGAUGGAUGUCCAUCGAAAACACGAAUAAUUGGUGAUGGUUUCUGGAAUUGCUGCACCAAGACUUGGGUGACUACAAGCAACAUGGGUCUAAUUCAUGCAGUUCAGGAUGUGUUCCCAAAUGUCCAUCACAGAUUCUGUGUAUGGUAUUUAUGGAGGAACUUCAACAAACAGUGGAAGGAUAAUCAGUUUAGAGGUUUACUUUGGGAGUGUACAAGGUCUACGACUCAAGAGGGAUUUGUUGAAGGGAUGAAAAAAUUGGAAAGGCUAAAUAAGGAUGCUUUGACUUAUCUAUGCAAAUGGCCAAACAAUUCAUGGAGCAGGGCAUUCUUCAGCAUUGCACCUAAAAUGGACAACAUCUGUAAUAAUGCAUGUGAGGUUUUCAACUCACGGAUCAAAGAACCUAGAGCCAAGCCUAUUAUCACACUGUUGGAGGAGGUUAGGAUGUACAUCAUGAGAUCUAUAGCCAGAAACAAGGUGAAGUUGAGGAACAAUGACGGGAUUCUACCUCCAAUACAAAAAAAUUACGAAAUAUUCGAAGUUCAUGGGUGGCCUACAAAUAUGGCUGUGGACUUAGGCAAGAGAUCAUGCACCUGUGGUUUUUGGCAACUAAGUGGGAUGCCAUGUGUGCACGCAUGUGCCGCUUUGGCAAGGGCUGGUAGAAGGCCAGAUGAAUUCUGUCAUAGCUGGUUGACCAUAGAAGCAUACAACAACACCUAUGGCUUCCAUAUAAAUCCAAUUCCUGGUCAGGCACUGUGGGAGAAAUCACCUUAUAAUAGACCUCAAGCACCAAAGUUCAAGAAGAAGCCAGGGCCAAUCAAGAAGAAAAGAAGAAAGGAUGCUGAUGAGGAGUCAAGUAAAGGCAAGAAGCAGAAGACCUCAAUGAAAAGGGUUCAUAAAAAAGGACAUUGUUGCUAUUGUGGUGAAUCUGGUCACACAAAGAGGAACUGUCAGAAGAGAGCCGUUGAUGAAGAAUCAGCUGCUGUGGCGGCGGCUGCUGCUGCUGCUAAUUCUGAUGCUAAUGGAGGUGAGGUUAACAAUUCUGCUCCAACUGCUGCUGUAAAUGGUGGUGACGCCCCAGCUGUGUCACAGGAUCAGGUUGAGAUUCAGCUUGAUCUUAGUCAGCCUAUUAUGUCAGAAACUGAUGACUCGCAACGGGUGCAACCACCUCCUGUUCGGCCAUCCAAACUGCCUCCAAAGAGAAGGUUGUCCACACCCACUGCUACCACCCAACCAACCAGCACCCCAUCUGUAAGCACUCCAUCUCCUCCAUCUGCAAGCACUCUCCCAACAAGCAGUCAGCCUGCAAGCACUGAAAUAGCAACAAAUCUACCAGCAAUGCGAUUUGUGCCUAAUCCGGAAUUCAAGCCACCCAGAACCAAGAAUUACUGA